UGAUGCAACGAUAGAUCAUGAGAAAAUUCCGGCAAAAAAAUAAUAGCACAACAACAUUUCCAAUUCCAGUAAGAGAGGAGGAGGAGGGAUAAAAAGUUAUUUUGCUGUAGCUUGGAUAACCUUGGUCAAAGGUUUUUCGGUUCAUUCAUCGGCGAGAUGUUGUUCGGUGCGGUGCGCUUGAUGCUUGCAGCAGCGAGUCUCGUGUUGUUGUGCGACGCAGAUAAAGAAUGCCUAAAGACAUUCAUACACACGGAAGCGGUGGUGACCUAUGCACAAGAUCAGAAACGCAUCCUACUGAAUCAAUGCGCCGGAUCCGAGUUGCAGAACGCCAUCGAAAUCGAGGUCAAAGGGAAAGAGGUGCCUUCGGUGAAGACUGGAGCAUUCCGCGACAUCGACACGCUGAAGAAGGUCGCGAUGGUGGACUGCAAGAUAUUCCACAUCGAUCGCAACAUCCUGCUGAAUCUCCCCAACAUCAAGACGCUCCUACUCAAGCGAAACAAUUUCGAGAUUGUGCCUGAACUUGCGUUCGCCAAUUUAACGAGCAUCCAGCACAUCGAUUUGUCAGAGAAUCAUCUGAAAAACGUACAACACGACGCCUUCCGGGACAGCAAUAAUCUGGUCACCGUCAACCUCAACAGAAACAAGCUCACACACUACUACCCCAGCUGGUUCAAACCUUCGAGCGAAACCAUAGAGACGAUCGAUCUGAGUCACAACAAGUUCAAGUAUUUCGCGCGGUCGUCGUUCAAGGGACUCAAUAAACUGACGACACUCCUCCUAAAUAACAACCAGCUGAGAUCGUUGCAUCCGCAAUCGUUCGAGGAGGUGACAAGCCUACAGACGCUCGACCUGAGUCACAACUACAUCGCUGAGCUGUACAGACAGAUGACGGCGUCGUUCGCAAAGAGCAAGAUCGACCUGAGGCUGAACAACAACCAUCUGAAUUAUCUACUCGAAGAGACGAUGUCGCACGUGCAAUUCGGCAAGGUUUCCGUACACGCGAAUCCGUGGAAGUGCGCUUGCUACAAUAAGAUACUGACGUGGGCGGAAAAGUACAAGAACGACGUGCAAUUCGCCGACAACAGUUGCGGUGAUCGGAUGCCCGUCUGCAUAGAGCAGGAGCGCUUCCCGAAGAAGUGCACGCAGCAAAAGGACCCGAACAUUACGCAGCAGUACUAUUACAGUUACGAAAAGAUCGCGUGCAAUAAAUAAAAACACUUACAUUUUUCAAGUUUUUCGAUGAGAAGUUUUUGCUGCGCCAACUGUUUUUCCAGAAGCUCUUGCUUUCGCCGCCUCAGGUUG